GGGUGGGGCUAGCAAGCAUUAGUCUCUUGUAUUUCUCCUGGCUGUUGACUUAGUUCCAUGUAAUAUUGCUACUAGAGACCCUAUAUCUUAUUUACUGAAAUGCCUCUGGAGCUGGGCUUUUGAAGGCUACAAACUCUUCAUUUUGUUUCCAAUAUCUUGAAUAAGUCCUCCCCCCAACCCCACCCCAGCUCGACCACGAGGUCUCGUAAUAUCCCCCAUUUUACACCGAGCACUCAGUAUUGUCUAGCGGUAAAUUUGCAUGUAAGUUUCAUCGUCAUGUGAGCUCUUCGUUCAUGAAGUCAGUUUGUGAGGGGAGAACCUUUAACAUUAAAUUCUUAUAGUUGGAUAGUCUAAGCAACUGAUUUUUAGAAUGUUCAAGGCAAAUCAAGUACUUCUUAGCAGCUCUUUUAACUUAUGGCGCUCUUGCCACUGCGGAAGGAUUUAUACAAACAAUAUUACCUAUACCGGCUUCACACGAACUUCGAAAAUGUUCUCCACUGCAGCUGGUUUACACAAAUUACUAUUGUUAUCAAAGUGUUCUUCUAUUUGUUUCCACGGAGGAAGAGACCAAAAUGCCAAAGGGUGCUGGAAAAGAUCAAAGUCUAGCUCUUCAUAUAUAACUCCUGGCGGAGUAACUUUUCAUUUUGAUACCCACAAACUGGUCAGAAGACUACAAGAAAAUGGUUUUAGCGAAGCACAAGCUGAAAGUUUGACAAUGUCACUGGUGGAAAUUAUCACAUCUAGUGUCCUUAAUGUGACUGACAGCACUGUUUCAAAAAUCGAUCAGGAGCGGCUCGAGGUAAAGUUUAAAGGCCUAGUUGAUUCAGUUAGAAAUGAAAUGUUUCUUCUUGAGAAAGGAAAAUUUACCCAAAUUCAAGAGGAAAAUCAGAAAUUAAGAGAUGAAGUUAAAUCACUUAAAGGAAUUUUGGAGGUAGGAAAGCAGAGUUUGUGAAUUGCAUUGUUUUUCAAAGUUCAUGUUAUUUAAUUGUAUGAAACUUUUCGUAACAGUUUUGCAACU